AUGUCGGCCAGCGUUGUGCGGUCUACCGCCCUCCGAGCUGGCGGCGCCUGCGUGCGCUGUCGCAAGGGCAAAACCAAGUGCGUCUACGAAAACGGCCGCGCUCCUUGCAAGAACUGUGCCAAGGGCAUGCACGAGUGCUAUCUGCCCUCCGAGUCCAUGGCCCAUCACCAUGGCCAGUCGCCUGCCCGUCAUACCGCCGCUCAUCGCCCUGCGCGUGAGAGUCUUCCUGCCUCGGUCCCGGCCGGCGAUGUGCGCGCCGCCAACCCGGCUUCUACCACGUCUCGUCACGUUCAGACUCCCGAGAAUCGCCGGGAUGGAUAUGUCUUUCCACGCCCCCCGAACGCCAACACGGGCGCAAAAAGAAACACGAAUGCUGACCUCAUCCCCGCCAGACUCACACCGGAGCUGAUCCAAGAAUGCGAACGCGUCAUUUCCAAGACGUACCCGGCCUGUGUUGCUUUCCACAAGCCUUCGUUCAUCCAGCAGCUCAAGAACGCCUCGCUGGACCCGGCCCUCAUCUACGCGCUGCUCACCUGCGCCGCUCGAAGCUCCCCCACCUUGAUUAGACGCUAUGGCGGGCAGUCCGGUGCGACUGGUGCUGCUGAGCACUUUGCAGCCAAGGCCAUGGGCAUCAUUAAUCAGAACCUCGACACUCCCAGCCUCGCUGAGAUUCAGGCCAUCUGCCUGAUCAUCAUCCACGAGUGGGGUUCCCGCAAUGCUGUUCGCGCCUACAUCUACCUGGGCCAGGCCAGUCGCAUGGUCCAGAUGUACCGCAUUCUCCACAGCCACCAUGCGGCCGUCAGUGAUGCCGAUAGGUUCCUUCAGGACGAGUCGUUCCGCCGUGUGCUGUGGCUGUUGUACAUCCUCGACUGCCUGCUGACCAGCACGCCCGGCCGUCAGCCGGCUUUGUCUGCCAACGACACGGCCGACGUCUCUCUGCCCUGCUCCGACAUGAACUUUGCCUUCGGCAAUGCUGUCUACGUUCAGACCAUCAACCUCAGCGAUCCCUCUCGGAUGCCUUCUGGCUCCCGUACCGACGAGGUUGGUGAGUUUGGCCAAAUUGUCAUGGCCACUCGCAUCUGGCGCGACGUUGUCCAAAUGUUGAUGACCACGACCACUGAGACCUUCAACGAUAAUGUCUGCACUGGUCUCAUGGGCGAAAUCGAGCGCCUCCGUGCUUCCCUGUCGAUGCAGUACGUCGACAAGCCGGGCCAGAUUAAUCUUCACAUCACCAUGGGCUCUGGCUUCACAUAUGCCAUGCUGCACUGCAUGCUCCAUUGCGCAUCCAUCUUCAUCAACCGCCGCCGCCUGCUGCAGUAUGUCACUGCACCUGGCUUCAACCUGGAGAGCUGGCGCCUGACCCCCCAGUGCCACGAUAUUAUCGAUAGGCUCUUUACGUCGUGCCACAGCACCAUCGCCAUGCUCACUGCUCUCGAGACUGGCUUUGACAAGGAGGGCAUCAUCUGCUUCCCCAUCUUCAUGCUGUUCUCGUCCUUCACUGCCAGUGCCACCGUUGCGUACCUGUCUCUCAAAGGCCUGACUCCUCCUAACGCGGUCGAGACUGCCGGGCAUAUUGUGCGCGACGGUCUCCACUUCAUGCAGGAUGGCGUUGACACCUGGCCUCUGAUCAGCUCCUGGCUGCGUCACCUUGCCGUUAUGCAUAGAGUGCUCGGCAACGAUGCUGUCGCUGGUAGCCCCAGUGUUGCAGGCACCUCUGUCCCUCCUACCAGCGCCCCGCCCGCCGACCAGGCCUCUGUUAAGGACGAAGCCGCCUCGAACCCAGACACCAACCCCGACGCAAUGGACUACGACCAGACCUCCAACUCCAACGCCGGCACUGGUGCCCCCGUCCCCCCGGCUCCUGCCAAUAACCACACUGCCUCUGUGAGCGAGAGUGGCCGAGAGAGCGGCCGCGACAGUGAGCCUCCUGCGCCUCUGCCGCGUCGCCCCGGUGUCACUACUAUCAACGGUGGUUCCGGCGGUGUUGGUACCCCGGCUUCCGUCAGCCCUCCUCCUCCCCAGCCGGCCGAGAUCAAGCAGUCUACCGAGAUGCUUCCUCAACCUCCCAUUGGCAACGGCGUGGCGUCUGCCGAACCUGCUGCUCCUGUGCCCCAGGACAUGACGGCUAGCGAACUCUGCUCCGCAUUCGAGCGCCAGCUACUCGAGCUUGACGACCUCGCUGCCUUCAUGGGUGGCGGAGUUUGA